AUGGGAGUGAUAACGGCCUUCGGCAUGGCUGGCGAAGGGAGCCCCUCCUAUGAACAGUUCUCUCAUCUCUACAGCAUUACCAAGUCCAAGUGUGCCGAUCACGGCGGAUGGGUGCAGGCGAACUGUCUCAGGGCUGCCGAUCGUGGCCACUUUGUCAGCUGGGUACCGACUUCACAGAAGUCAUGGAGGAAUCGGCGGGUGCUCCUCUCGGGCGACUGGGAGUCGCCUUCGGGACAGCCUAUCCGAUUUCGCAUUCCCACAACCUUCCAAAUAGCCGGUAAGUUGAAGCAGCCGAUCGCAACGCAGGCCGAGAUCCAGCAAGUAGAGAGAGUGAGGAGAAAAGUCCCUGCCGAGGAGAGGGUGUAUCCGCAGUUCCUCUUCACCACCAAUUUGAUUCAGGCCCAGCUGGUCGAUCCUGCCGAGAUGACGGAAGAGAGGAGAGCUGCCGAGGCUAAGAGGAUGAACGAGUCCUCCAAGCGCCGCCUCAUGAUGGGCUUCCAGGGGAAGAAAAAGAAAAACCAGCCGCAGGGCUCGGCAUCGGCAGACCCCGAGGACCAGACUCUGGCUGAUCGUCUCCGGCAGCGGUCGGCCCCUCUCCUCGCCGAGGCGCCACUACCGAAGGGACUUCCUCCCGAGCUGCCAACAAACGGCCCUUUACCGUCGACCUAG